GGCGGCGGCGGCGGCGGCGGCGGCGGCGGCGGCGACGAUGACUUCUUCCUGGUGCUGCUGGACCCGGUGGGUGGCGACGUGGAGACAGCCGGCUCUGGCCAGGCCUUAGGGCCCGUAUGGAGGGAGGAGGCUGAGUCGAGCCCAGAGCUCCAGGGGGGUGAGAGCGGCGCAAACCCCGCGGGCCUCCCUGCGCUGGGCCCCCGUUGCUUGUCAGUGGCCCCCGCCCGGGCCCCGAUUCCCGCCCCAGGUCUGGGCCCAGCUGCGGCCUUCGCGGGCACCGUCACCAUCCACAACCAGGACCUGCUGUUGCGUUUGGAGAACGGCGUCCUCACCCUAGCCACGCCCCCACCGCCAGCCUGGGAGCCGGGAGUGGCGCCCGCCCCGCAGCCUGGGGGUCUGGUCGCUCCGCAAGCUGGGGCUCCGCACGCUGCGCAGCCGGGCGACUGUCCGGACGCGCCGCCCGACGUCCUGUUGGCAGAGCCGGCCGAACCGGUGCCCGCACCGGCGCCUGAAGAGGAGGCAGAGGGCCGGGCCGCCGCUGAGAGUCCCAGAGGGCCGCUGGGCCAGGGCCCCGGUGUGGUGCUGUACCUGUGUCCGGAGGCGCAAUGCGGACAAACGUUCGCCAAGAAGCACCAGCUGAAGGUGCACCUGCUGACUCACAGCAGUAGCCAGGGUCAGCGGCCCUUCAAGUGUCCCCUGAGCGGCUGCGGCUGGACCUUCACCACCUCUUACAAGCUUAAGAGACACUUGCAGUCGCACGACAAACUGCGGCCAUUCGGCUGCCCUGCCGAGGGCUGUGGCAAGAGCUUCACCACCGUGUACAACCUCAAGGCCCACAUGAAGGGCCAUGAGCAGGAGAACUCAUUCAAGUGCGAGGUGUGCGAGGAGAGUUUCGCCACGCAGGCCAAGCUCAGCGCCCAUCAGCGCAGCCACUUUGAGCCUGAGAGGCCCUACCAGUGCGCGUUUUCGGGCUGCAAGAAGACAUUUAUCACGGUGAGUGCCCUGUUUUCCCAUAACCGCGCCCACUUCAGGGAACAGGAACUCUUCUCCUGCUCCUUUCCUGGCUGCAGCAAACAGUACGACAAAGCUUGUCGACUGAAAAUUCACCUGAGGAGCCACACGGGCGAGAGACCUUUCCUUUGUGACUUUGAUGGCUGUGGGUGGAACUUCACCAGCAUGUCUAAACUCUUAAGGCAUAAAAGGAAACAUGACGAUGACCGGAGAUUCAUGUGUCCUGUGGAAGGCUGUGGGAAAUCUUUCACAAGGGCCGAACAUCUGAAAGGCCACAGUAUAACCCACCUGGGUACAAAGCCUUUUGUGUGCCCAGUGGAAGGCUGCUGUGCCAGGUUCUCUGCUCGAAGCAGUCUCUACAUUCACUCCAAGAAACACUUGCAGACUGUGGACACUUGGAAGAGCCGUUGCCCAGUCUCCACUUGUAAUAAACUAUUCACAUCCAAGCACAGCAUGAAGACACACAUGGCCAAGAGGCACAACCUGGGCCAGGAGCUCUUAGCUCAGCUGGAAGCUGCCAAUUCUCUUACGCCCAGCAGUGAACUUACCAGCCAGGGACAGAGGGAUCUCAGUGAUGCAGAGCUAGUGUCUCUCUUCUCUGAUGUGCCUAGCAGUAGCUCUGCUGCAGUGCUGGACACCGCAUUGGUGAACGCUGGGAUCUUGACUAUUGAUGUGGCUUCUGUGAGCUCAACUCUGGCAGGGAACCUCCCUGCUAACAACAACAACAACAACAACAACAACAACAAUGCCUUAGGGCAGGCUGUGGACCCGCGGUCCUUGAUGGCCACCAGUGACCUUCCUCAAAGUCUGGAUACCUCCCUCUUUUUCGGAUCGACGGCUGCGGGUUUUCAGCAGAGCCCCUUAGAAGGGGAUGAUGUCUCCAGUCUAAGUGCAGGGCCAUUGGGGUCUCUGGGCCCUUUGACUAUGAAAAAGUCCAGUCAAGAGCCCCAAACUUUGACACCCAGCAGUAAGCUAACGGGGGACACAGAUGCUCUGACUCCUUCAAGCACUCUUUGUGAAAACAGUGUCUCAGAACUACUGACACCAACCAAAGUGGAAUGGAACGUAGUACAUCCUGACUCUGACUUCUUUGGACAGGAGCAAGAAACCCAGUUUGGAUUCUCCAAUCCCGCAGGGAACCAUGGUUCUCAGAAAGAAACAGAUCUUAUCACAGUGACUGGCAGCUCAUUUUUGGUAUGAACUAACUAUUCAUUUCUCACCACUUUUAUUAAUUAUGCUCGGUUUUAAGGAUAUUCUGGACUGAUUGUUUAAAAUGCAGUCAUUUCUCAUAGGUUUGACAAAGAACAGAGCCCUGGGCUACGAGUUUGGAGAUUUCGAUUCUGACCUUGAGUCUGGAACUGUCAAGUGGGGUGACCCUGAGCAGGUCACUUAACCUAUCUGAGCCUUAAUUUCUUUAUUUAUAAAAUAAGGUGUUUCUAAUAUUUUUUCAUCUCUGUACUUUCAUGAUGUUGUGCUCUUUCUGGGCAAACCUAGGACAGUUUACGGUGACUAACUAUUGCAUGUGCUUCUAAUGUAAUGAAAAGUGCAUUGAGAGUUAAUGGUCAGAGAAUGUGAAACUGGUGUUUGACUUUAAAAACUUAAUGAAAAUUAUACAAAAUGCCAAAAGAUUUCUGGAAUCUAGUCGCGGAGCUUGAAAAAACAAGCUACGACUACAGGGUUGGUUCCUUUUAUCUCUUUAUCUUUCUGUCCUCUACUUUGAUGGAAGGCUGUGUUGUAGAAAGUGCCAAGGCUUUUAGAUGACACAGAACCACAGUUAAAUAUUGUUUUUUGGUGUUGAAUAAGUGGCCUUACAUAAGUGAUUUAGUCUCGCUAAGCCUGAGUUCCCUAGCUGUAAAACAGUCAUUGUAAGGCCCUCCCUGGUGGCGCAACAGGUUAAAGCGCAGCACUGCAGGCUAGCCUCAGCCACUUGACUGGGAGUUUGAUGCCCAGCCCUGGAGGUGACCCGCACGGCACGGCACGGCACGGCAGUGGUGCGGCAGACCUCUCCUGACCCGUCCGCUGCUCCCCUCUGCGGUGUAU